AGACGCACAAAAUGUGCUCAAGAAAGCCAAUAAAAAACCGCUCAUACUGGAGGGAAAUGUGUUAAAAGUGAGCACUGUAUUUGAGCCAACCCAUGACAGAAGCAUUCUAUUGGCAAAAAACCUUAAUCCAAAGACGAGCAAAGAAACCUUUCAAAACUUUGUAGAAUUAACAAAAAGUGUUGACGUCUUAAAGGUUGUUUUGGGGAAAGAUAAUAAAGCUAUCGUGAUAUUAAAAAGUGAAAUAGGUAGGGUAUAUACGCUUUGGGUUUAGUGAUUAAAUUUAUACCUGUUAAUUAACUUGUGAGUGGGAUGGAAGUGUACUAAAAUUUAUGUUCGAACUCGAAGUUCACGUUAAUAUUCGAUUGAAAAAUUUUUAUAUUUAGACGAAGAAUAUUCGAACAUAGAAAGCUCAGGUGAAGAUUUGAAGCUAGAAGGUUCCAUUAUUUCCCUGGAAUUUGCUCCGCUGACCAAAGGCAUACGAGUCAGCAAUAUCCCACCAGGAACAACCCCUGAUGCCAUCAAGUCUAAAUUCUCAAACCCAAAAUACGGCGGCAGUAAAGUGGUGGACAUGAUGCUGGAUAGAAACAAUGGACUCGCAAAUGUUUAUUUCGAAAAAUCUUCGGGUAUUGAUCCGGAUUUUUGUGAUACGUGUUUUGAUAAUUUGAUUUAGGAUUGUUUUUGCCCACUUUUGAAAUGACAUCGUUAUUAUUGUUAAUAAAAGUUUAAAAAUACCGCCCUAACGAGUAACGGUUUGUAUCUUUUACAGUUGUUUCUGAACUCGUGAAAAACGAACAUAUAUUUCAAAAACUUCCCUUAACAGUAAUUCCGUACUAUGACGAAUUUGAUGAACUGCAAGAAAUUACAACUAAAACAACAGAAUUCUGUGGCGACUAUCAUCUCGAACCUUUCAUCAUGGACUACAUAAUCAAUCAUCAGGAAAUUGAAACAAAGUUCAAUUUUAAAUCAAUGAAAUAUGAUAAUUCAACAUUUCAUUUUACAAAAGAGUUCGACGAUUCCAAGCUCGCGCAAGAAUUUAAAAACGAAUUGAAAGAGUUUUUGCACUCGUUUGUCAAAGAUGAAGUGAAAAUCCCGAAACCUGUUUUCGAGAAAGUCAAGGAAGCGAUUGGGGAGAAAAAAGCAGAAUUCAAAGCAGAGAAAGUCGAUUUUAGUUUUGAAGGUCACCGUGUCACUUUCAUUGGGAAGAAAGAGGAUGUCACUCUGCAAAAAAGAUCAACAGAAGCAACGAUAGAUAGAAUUUCAGAAGAAGCCAAGUUUGAAACAACCGAGUUGGUAAUAGAUGACAGAAGUAAACUGAAGUUUUUGAAUUUUAUCGAUUAUUUCAAGAAUGUUAUGAUAGAAUUUACGGGAGUGAAAAUUCACGGAAUGGAAAGUUUGUCAGGUAAAUUGUCACUUCUAGGAACGGCAGAGAAAAUCAAGGAUGUCCAAUUAAGGAUCCUUCAGGAUUUGAUGAAAAUCUCGGAGAUUGACGUAAAGAUGAGUGAUCGUCAGCUAGAUUUUCUGAAGCGGACUGAAUGCCAGAUUGUGAAUGAUGAGUUAAAAAAAGAUGACGUCAUGUUAAUGUUGCGGACCAUAAUAGGAGCUGUGGGUGCUAAAUCAUUUCAGGCUAAAAUUAUGAUCUUGAAGAAAUGUGAUAAUACUGAGGUAAUACUAAAUAAAAUAAAUGAAUGAAUUUGAUUAUUAACUCUUUUUGGCCCACACAAGUAAAAUCGUCUGACGUUGCUAGAUGGGGUAAAAUAAAUCAUGGUGUUAUUCACCUCGAUGCCCAAAUUAUGCAGGUAACUACAAUUGAGUUUGUCUUUACCAAUUAACAGGUUUUCUUUCCUGGUACCCUGUUAUAUUUUACUGUUGUGACACUGCAGGAUCACUAAGGGAUGACAGUUACUGGACCUCUACAGUAGGUACUGUAGAACAGUUUAGAUCUGAUAGAGCUGUUCAGUAUAAAUAAUGUGAGCCCAGUUUGGAUCUCCUCCUGUAGUAACAAUAGACCAGUAAAAGAUAACCCUUGGCCUUACUCGAUUCCCAAGAGAACGGUGUAGUUUAAAUAGUGUUUUGUAACGCUUUACGUCUCGUUCAAAGUGCUAGCCAUACAAAUCAGUAAUAAUAGAUCUUUUUACAGGAAAAACGACUUCUGUACAUCAUCCAUACAAAAACCUCAGAGAAAUCCAUCAGAGUCGACGAGGAGACAGCGUGCUUCCUGGCAAAAUCAAACAAACUACAAGAAUUCAAGAGGGAACAGUUUGACCAACAUCUAGUCUUGAUCGACCAGGAACUCACAGAUCCUUGCAACAUCUGGAUCGUCUGUGAAAAAUCUAAGAUGGACAACGCCGAACAAGAACUAGCAAAUCUAACUAACGAAAAGAAGAUUGGAAGCAGUAUAUUUCGACCCAUGGAUCCGAUGACAGUUCGUUUCUUAAGGGACCACUGCUGGGGAAAAAUUAAAGAGAAGGAAAGAAGUUGCAAAGCAGAAGGCAUUACUGUUCUGGAAAUUGAUUCUUGCUCUCUUGAGGUAAAGGGAACCCAGGCAGGCAGAAAAGAUAUGAUAGUUUUUCUUGAAAAGCUGGCUGGAAAUGUUAACUUUAAGGUACGUAUUUCGUUCGUGCAACAAAAAGCCAGAGAAAUGAUAGAGUAAGGGCUAUUUGAUGUGUUCCGUUUUGCCCUUGAACGUUCUUACCGUUUCUCCAUACAUUUAAAUACAUAUAAUGAAAGAAAUACAUUAAUAACUACAUAUAAUGAAAAGAGUUAAUAUUAUUUUCUUGCACUGUUGACUACAGGUUGACCACCAUAUGCUACAUAAUAGUGCCUAGUGAAACACACAGCAGCCCAGUAAUGUUACUCUUACGAUGUAAACUUACUCUUUUCAUCAACAGGCGUAUCCUCUGACUGAACCUGGCAUGAAAAAACAGAUAAGUAUGGAAGCAAUGAACGUGAUUAUUUCUCAUAUUGAGAACAUCUACAAAUGUGUUAUUGAAAAAGAUAUACAGCCCGAGGAAACACAUGAAAAAACUAAAGGAGAUGGUGGUGCAUCAACGAUGAAUUUGCCGUAUAAUUCUAUGUCCUUCAUAAGUGAUAAAGACGUUAAACUGGUGUUGGGACACAGGAUAAGGAUAAUAGUUGGAGAUUUGGCACAACAAAAGGUAUAUUUGAAGUAUUGGUGCUACAGGGGUUAUUGCAUGUAACCAGGGCAUUUUUUAAGAAUUCGUCAGUGGGGGGGCCAUCUACAAAAAGGGACCAUACUAUACCGAGUGUGGAGCAAUGAUAGAUGGUUUGUUGGUAACAAAAAGUUUGGUGUGGUAUCGAAUUUAAUGGUAGGGGGGGGAGAGCAGGGCCGUAGGAAGCUCUUUUCGUUUGGGGGGGCUGAAAGCGAGGGCCUAAGGCCCGAGGAAAUUUUUAAAUUUAGAGUCUCUGAAAUGCCAUUUCCUGGACUUUUUAGUAUGUGGAAAUUUAGAAUUCAGUAGUACUAAAUGGGCGAAGGCGUAUUUAAUUAACAAUAUAUUGGAUAGGUUGCAGGAAAGUAUGGGUAAUAUCUUCAUUCUUUGCAGUUUGUCAUGGAUUAAAUGAUAAAGGUCUGCAUGAAUUUGAAAAAUGAAUGAUUAUUAGCAAAUUAUUGGGGGGCUGCAGCUCCCCAGCCCCCCCCCUGCGGUUGCUACGGCCCUGGAGAGGGUCUGAGGUUUUCUCUCCCAGAAAAUUUUUGUAUUUUUCUACCCCUAUGACUGCAAUUCCCUGCAUUUUCUGAAACAGAUUUUUGGAUAUACAGCAUUACAUUAUGCUGUAGAUAGACUGAACCUUCAGUUAAGUACUUGCAUAGUAUGUUUAUGUAGAUACCACAACUUGGCCGUCACUUAGGGAGCCAGCUUGAUAAACUUAGAGUUCCCGACUCCCACGAAGCGCCACCAUGGUUGGCACAGAGCGGAACAAUUUUGCGUCUCUAAAUCGUCGGAAAUGGCAUUUUCAAAGUCUUCUAUAUGUCUUUUGUUAGGCCCUUUCAUUAAUUCGUUCAUUAUGAUUUGCGAGUCUAUGAUAUCCGCGAGUCAGGAUGGAUUAUUACGAGAAAUGUUAUAAAAAUAUCGAUUACUGAUAUUUGAUUAUAUGUAUAUAUGAUUUCAAAUACUUCUAGUUUCGAAAUCAAAUUGGUUUUUUUUUGGUGGGGGGCCAAAAUUAUCCCCCCCUUAUAAAACACUUGGUUGAGGGCCUGUUGCCCCCUGCGGUCACUAACUUGUCCAACAACUCAAAUCUAUAGGGUCUGGGAAAUGCAAUCCACUGCCUAGGAAAUGUUUAAAAUCUAAUAAGGUAUUUAUUAAACAUAAAAGACAGGACAUAAGAUUCACAAAGCAAAUUUCAGUUACUAGAAUAUCAAACCUCCCUUCUAAAUUCCAUGUUUUGCUUAUAUUUUAGAGAAAAGGGACUUUGACUGGGGGGGCCAAAAUGGUUGAGUGGGGGGGCCACCAUGGGGGCUGGGGGGGCUUUGGCCCCCCCAGUUAUAUAGUUAAAAAAUGCCCUGGCAUAUAACUGUUUAAAGUAUUACUGUUUAAUUCUCACUUUCGCGACCGGGAUUUAAUUCCUGCAAUAAGCAGCUGUCUGAUUCCGAUUUUACUUCAAUCCCAUGUAGGGAAUUUCUUAGUUAUGAAAUAACUGAAGUUAUGAAAUAACUUCGGCUUCCUUUUGUUGUAAGUUGUAACACGGAACCAAUAAAUGGUGAAUCUUACUGGAUCUCUAUAGGGAGAAGAACUGACAGAGGUGUUUUUUUCUAUUUGAGUUAUUUGAAGUGGUGAAGUCCCACGAUUCAUAAAUAUUCUUAUUCUUUCAGGUCGACGUCAUUGUAAAUACAACAAAUCAAAAAAUAGAUUUGAACGCUAACGCAUGUGGAAGGGCUUUACUUAAGGUGGCUGGUAAGGAAUUGUUGAGUGAAUGUCAGAAAAUCGGAAGUCUUAAGGUGGGAGACAUGGCAUCAACUGGGUCGGCUAAAUUGAACUGUAAACGCGUUUAUCAUGUUCGUGCAUCUCCCUGGGACAGCGGUAAAGGAGCUCAGGUAACGCCAGUUUGAUUUCUAGCUUUGAUUUUGUCUAUUGUCCAAGCCUCGCUCAGGGAUAAACGUAUUUAUCCCUGAGUUUAUCUGUGACCUGAUGAGUGCAGAACACACGGCUAAAUUAACUAUGAUUGUGUGUCGGCUACCUUAAAGUGAUCUGAUGUUGUACAAUAAGAGUAGAUAUUCUUGAAUGGGGAUUAAAUUAAAACAAUUUUCUUCUUUAGAUUCUCGGUACGCUCAUCAAAAAAUGUCUUGAUCAGAUGGAGAAAGAUACACUAAGAUCUAUCGCCAUUCCCGCCAUCGGCACAGGAAACUUGCAUUGCCCGCGUCCAGAAGUUACAAAAAUCUUGUUUGAUGAAGUAACUGAUUACUUCACAGCCCACCCUCAGUCGACCAUCGAAGAAGUUCACUUUGUGGCGUUCAAUGGCGACCAAGCAACGGUAGACGCAUUUCUAGGUUUGUUACGUUAUAUUUUUUCUUGAGAGCGAGGUUGGGGGGGGGGGGGCGUAACAUUUGAAGUAGACCGCGAGUGGUGAAGGGAGGGACCGCUCGCAGUCUACAUUUGAAGACAAUAUACAUUUUGCAUUCAAUUAAGUUACACUCUCCAGCGAUGUGCUCUAAGAUCAGAAAUCGUAGCAGUCAGAAGUUUCGUAGUUAGUCUUUGUCUCAGUCACGUUUGAGCCGCGUCCUCUUACCUUUACUUUAACCUAUUAUUCUUUAUAGAUGCACUUCAGGAAUUACGAAUUAAAAUGAUUUUAUCACGUACAAGAAAGCACGGGAAAGCACGUAUAGAUGCACUUCAGGAAAUUAAAUCUGAGAUUUUACGCAAAGAAACGCGGCCUGUACUGUUGUUCAGAAAUAAAGUUGUACCAAAUGCAGGCAGUCAAAGCGACGUUACCUUUACUGAAAAACACGACGGAUCUCUAGAACUCUGGCUUGGAAGCAGAAAUCUCACAGUUCAGAUAGUAUGCGGUGAUAUCAGCAAAGAAAAGACUGAUCUAAUCAUGCACGUGAUCGGUCAAGAUUUCUCUGUUAAGGGUGGGGUCGCUAAAGCUCUCAUAAAAGCGGGAGGUGAUAGUAUCAUUCAAGAAUGCAAGGCACUCGGAAAGCCUGCCCUUUAUUCGACGCAGUAUUCAAAUGCGGGGAGAUUGGCUGUUCGUCAGAUCGCUCACGUCAUUGCACCGUCCUCGAUGAAAGUUGCCGACCUUAAAAAAUGUCUGGCUACAUUUUUCGAUGACGUUUCGACGAAGAAUAUCGCCAAGGUUUCUUUUUCAGCUAUAGGAGCUGGUGCGAUGGGUUUCUCCGAGAGACAAUCGGCCGAUUUGAUCUUUGAUAAUUUGUCCAGAAUUGCAAAGUCGAAAAAUCCAGCUUUAAGUUUAAUCCGCAUUGUGAUUUUGGAAAAAGCGAAGUUUAUUAAAUUCAAAGACGCAACCAAAGCUUAUUUCUCCUCGGGGGGUGCCACUAGUUCGGACCCACAGCCAGUCGGCGCAUGCGCAAGUCAUUUUAUAAAAUCCGCAAAGUCGGUAGGAGGAGAUGAAAGCAUAUCGAUCAGGAUUUAUUCCGAUGACCGCGGGAAGAUUGACAUGGCCUGGAGAGAAUUGAGGAGAAAGAUAUGUCAAAAUAUUGACGAGAAGAUCAUAAACAAUGACGUCGUCAGGAAUUUUACUGAUCGCGAUCUUGAGAAGCUGCUUGUACUGGAGCGCGAUAAUGACGUUAAGAUUAAUGUUGAUAAGAACAAAGGGAUGGUUACAAUGGAAGGAUAUUUUGCUGACGUUGCAACUGUUCAAGAAAGGAUUAUUAAAAUUCUGAAGGAUGUCAAAGAUAACGAAAGCAAAGGUAAAAUUUUGAUGAACUAAGGUAAUUAAUGUUAAUAUGUUUUUAAUGCUAUGCACAUUAAUAAUUCGCGAAGGAAGUGAAUAAAACCAUCAAUAUCUGCAAAUCAAAAACGUCGGUUUCGAUUUCCUAAGCUAAAAUGAACUGUAACAUGAAAAUUAGAGUUGGAAAAUUGUCCGUAAAAUUCAUCUAAAAAUAAAUAUUAAAUGACCAUCAUAAAGCAUGUCUGCCUAUUCCGGAUAUACAAGGACUCGCCUUUGACUCUUGUUUGUAAAUCCUUUACAGAGAUUUCUCACACGCACUGACUGACGUAUUUAAAUUAAUUGAAAAAUACACUGAUUAACAUCCAAGAGUUUUUCUUCUGAAGUAGAUUCGUCUGGCGUUAGAUUGGGACAAGUUAACAUUAGUUACAAUAAUUACCAUGUCUGUUCUUAAUCUACAUAAUUUGAUUAUUACUCUAACUACUAUAUAUCCAUUUUAAGUUCCAGUGUAUUGGGAUAGCUUACCGACUGAAAAGAAAUUCCACAAGAUCCCUCUGUCCACCAGCAGUAAAGAAUACAAGGACGUUGAAACUGCAUUCCAUAAAACUGCUCCGAAUCGAAUUGUUCGCAUCGAAAGAAUUCAAAAUGGAGAAAUUUAUGGCCAUUAUAAUCUGAAACGCCAAGCAAUGAUGAAAAAAUAUGGCAGUAACUUUGCAGACAAAGAAUUGAUGCUCUUUCAUGGCACUUCCGUUGCAAAUAUUGAGAAAAUUAAUGCUGGUGGUUUGAACAGAAAUUUCGCAGGACAACAUGGUAAGAUUUAAAAUGAUAUAUUCCGACAUUUC